AAACCAAGAAAAAAUAUUAGAUCGUUCCAAGGUUAUGUGGAUAACAGUAGAAAUGGCGAAACUGCCUCAUAUUUUAAUGACUUUAAUAUUGGUCCUCACUCCCUUGACUGAAGGAAAAGCUAUAAGUUCACAAUCUGAAAGCAAAUCCACUGUGAAUGAAAGUGCCGGCAGUGCUGAAGCUAACAAUGCAAUUGGACUUGACAAUGAUGCUUCCGAAGAAGCUGGUCAUAAUAAUUUACUAAGCGAUCUUGCGAGAAUAUCAAAAGAUGAAGAGAGCAACAAUGCUGGAAAUAGACAGACAAUUGUCGGCACAGAAGUUAGUGCCGCGACUGUUAAGAAUUCAAACGCUAACUCAGACUCUAAUGAGAAUAUUGGUGCUGCUGAUUCUAGCACUCGUGCGAUGGUUAGUAACACACCAGCUUAUACAGAGGCUCCAACUUACUUUACUCCACCUAGUCCUGCUAGUGGGGGGACUGAGAGUACAACAACAAACAAUGACAUGAGCCUAGUGAGAUUAUCACAACCAACUCAUAUUGUUUUAAGUAAGAAUAAAAAUGAGGAAAAUCCGUUUUCAAAAUUGAUAACAUCCAAUGAAAAUACUCCAGAAGAAGAGAAGUCAAAUGACGCAGUGAAAAAACCUCAAGAGCUUUCGCCAUUGAUAAGCGAGAGGACCGAUAACACAGCCGUAGACGUGAAUAAUGUAAAUCAGGAAUCAGCCUUUAGUGAACCAGCCGUAGCAGAUGCAGCUGCUGCUCCUGAUGAAUCUAAACAAUUAAAGGAUAAAGAUAGUAGUGAGACAAACAGUGAACUAUCGUCUGCAAAACUUAACAGCGAUGCUGUGAAAUCUGAACAACAUUCUAAAAAAGUGGAAAAAGGUGCAAAAGAUGAAGUUACAGACCAUGUAGUUGUAUGUGCUGGCGAAAAACAAACCAUAACUUGUCCUGGGGUCGGCACUCUAAAUAUCGCCAAUGCUGACUAUGGUUAUGACAGCAAUAGCGGUUGUCCUGGUAGUCCAGAUUCACCACCGUGUCAAGCCAAUGGUGUUUAUCCUGUGGUGAAGUCUGCUUGUCAAGGGCAAGCCUCGUGUUUACUGCAGUCAGAUGGGCAGGAAUUCGGUGGUAUGUGUCCUGGGAAAGAUAAUUUUUUGAAAGUUGGAUAUUUUUGCCAGAAUGAUGAUUCGCCGUCGUCUUCACCACCACUAUCAUCACCACCACCACCAGCGACCUCUUUUCAACCUCCUUCAAGUUCCUAUACUUACCAAUCAUCACCAUAUAUCUCACCAUAUAUACCACAUCCGGUCUCAACGCAACCAACAUACUAUAAUGGUUUUAAUCAGGCCGGGACAAAUAGCUACAAUACUGGAUACAUGAACGACAAUUACCUCGGAAAGACAAACUACCCAUACUAUGGUACCUAUGGAAAUCAAGGUUAUUAUAAUUAUUACAAUCAACCGAUUCAAAAACAUCCUUUUCAACGCGGUGGAGGACAGGAUCGUUCUUUUCAAAGCAUGUCAAGACAACGGCCUGCUCAAACCAAUUAUGGAUAUAAGCCUUGGCUAUCUGCACGCAAGCCCGUGAAACGACCAGCCGCACGUCCGUAUCCGCCAAAAAAUAGAUUCCAAUACAGCCAAUACCGAGACAGUAACAGAAAUCCUCAACGUAACUACAACAAUUACUAUAAUAACUUGAAUGGUAACUAUAACACGAGAAACAAUUAUUAUGACACAAGAUAUUACAAUCAGGUAAAUUCACCAUCAGGUCAAAGCAAUACUGGUCUUCAGUAUCCACGGAAUUCGUACCUUGGGUCAUGCUACGCAUGUCAAAACUGUCAGGAAUGUUCGGAACGAGCCUAUUGCCAGGGUUGCCCCAAAUGCAAGCAGUUGUCUUGUAGUAAGAAGCCACCCAAAGAAGAGAAGUAUUUGGAUCCAAUUGAUAGCUUGGUUGAGGAAUUUGGAAAGAAAACUAAAGGGAUGACGCCGAUGGAAAUGUCAGCAGUUGUGAUCUCACCAGCUCCUAAGAUCUCAGGCAUCGUGCAUUCCUUCCCGCUCCGUGCUCCGCCUAAACCUCUCGAAGAAGACGAUGACGAUAGCGAUGAUGACAGCGAUGAAAAUGAGUUUUCUUUAUCUGAAGAUGAAAGUAAAAAUCGUGAGAUUGAAAAUCACGAAAGUAGUUUAUCCCAAAAGAAAACAUCCGUUUCAUCAUCUUCGUCCAGUGAUCAUUCUACAAAAAGCAAGAAAUCUAAAUUGAAGGCGGAAAAAGGCGAGAAAAGAAACAAGAUUUAUCAUCAAAAACACAAAGUCAGAAAAAUGUACGACGACGAUGAUGAUGAUGAUGGUUACGAUUUAAAGGUUUACAAAAAUCUUUUGAAGAAGACGAAACCAAAGAAACAUAAAAUUCAUCGCCAUAAACAUGCCAAUCACUCAAAGAGAAAGAAAUCUAAAAGACGACGUCUCAACAAACGUUGGUAUGAUGAGAAUGAAAAUUUAACAGAAUUUACUGGUGAGAGAGAAUUUGAUAUGGACCAAGGUGAUGACAGACCUGUUGAAAAAUCAUAUUAUGAUAGUGGUAUGGUUUGGUAGGGAACUAGACAUAUAAUAACCGCUAGUUUAAAACGCGAACUGUGGCUACAUGCAGUUAAUCUGAUUGACAUAAUGAUGUGAAGUAAAUUUUCACAAGUUGUAGUUGUGUUUUGCUCUCUGAUCUAGUCAAAAGACAAGUGAAUUAACGAAACAUCAGUUGCGCGUGUAUACGGCGUUUUUCUGUCGUAUUUUGUAUAUUCGCAAGGUAGCUACCGCAGCUGCAUGGAAAGAUAGAUUCCAUGAAAACGAUGUUUUAUACUUGGUUGGACCAAACUAUAGAAAUAUCAGACCUAUAUGAUUUGUGCUCUUAACAAUCAAUAGAAGACAUUGAAUAUGUUUGCCAGUUGUUAAUACAUGCAUGCAGGCGAAUAUAGACAGAUUUUUAUAGGCAAACCUAGCAUAGUUGAGUCAUAAAGGCAAUUUGAGCACCAGUCACACGAACAAGCACACUUUCUAUAGGUCUAAUAUUUUAUAGACCAAUCUUAGAUUCACUAGAAUCAGGAACAUGUACAUAAGUAGCUUGGGCACAUGCGCUAAAGGGGGCUGCACAUAACGAAGAAACAAUGCGGACCGGUGAUUUGAAAAUUAUAGUGUCGUUAAUACAGACAUUGUGUUCUUAUUACUCAGGUAAAUGUAAAUACCCCUAGAUCAUGAACGAGAGAAGAUGUACAUUGAUUUUUUAAUAAACUGCAAUCGC